CAGUGCGAAUUCAAAUGCACAGGUGAGCGAACGUUACCCUGUCUGUCGUCUGUCGCUUGUCGCUUGUCUUUUUUCUUUGCGUUUACCGUUCAUCGUUUCAUCGUUUUUCGCUGCGUCAGAGAUCGUCGCCGUUUCUGUCUCUGUCUGGCGACCGUGUCAAGAACUGUUGGCAGCCGAGCGUGUCAGAGCAGCGCCAUUGUAAAUAUUGCGUAUACGCAGCGUAUGUUACGCCGAACCCGUGACCUUAAACUAACAAAAAGUAUCAGAUAACUCCCAUAUACAGCACCUAUAAGUACGCGAUAAACCGACCAAAACCGCUUAGACCCCCCGCGCCUCAUCAUCGCAAUAAAGCAACGAAAUAAGAAUCAAAAGCAAAAGCAAAAAGGCAAGAGCGCACACACAGACACACAGGCACACAGGAGAGGAGUGGAGAGGAGAGAUACGUAUACGUGUUUCGACCCAAACAAGCAAAAAGCCAAAAUAAGAUAAAAAUUGUGUAUACAGGCGUUGCGUUGAGGUGGAAACGAUGACAAAAAACAAAAGUAAAUAGCGCCGCAAUAAAUGCUGAAAUUCGCUGGAGAGUAGCGCGAGAAUUGAGAAUUAAAAAUAAAAACCCCCAACCCAACCAAAGACAGAGAGAGAUAGAGAGAGAGAGAGAGUGCGCGGACAUAAAGAAAUAAAGCAAUUACGAUAAGUCUUAUCAGACACCCGCCACCCGCCACCCGCCACCCGCAACCGCACCCAACACCCAGCACCGAAAGAAACCAAACAUGGCCGACUCCGAUCUCAGUCCGUUGCCGUUCCGUCGCGAGCGCAAUCUCAGCAACAGAAACUUCAACAAGCGCAACUCUCGGCGCCGCAUCAGCCAGCAGGCGGCGGAGCAGGAGCGCCACCCCAGUACCAACAUGGACGCCGACGGUGCCGGACAACGCGAUAGUGCCGUGAGCAGCAGCUCCAGCUCAUUCCAGCUCUCCUACUCGCUCAACUCCGACCCGGAGAGUGCGUUCCAGCGUCGCUCUCUGCUCAAAAUGCGUGAGCCCGAGGCGCAGGGCGGGCGAGGGCGAGGUGAGAGCGUGCCACAGACACCCAUGACGCCCACAACGCCGGAUCCCGCGUGGCUCGAUGUACGGCAGAAGGUGCAGCGCUUCGAGACGCUGAAGACGACCAUUGGAUACAUGCGCCAGGAGAGACACAGCCUGAAAUUGCUCGAGAAUCGCCGCCAUCCGUCAUUCGAGGAGUAUGCGGGAGAGCCUAGAACGCCACCGGCCACACCACCGCGACGCUACCGCCUGCCUGGUCUGGCCGGCAGUCGGUGCAGCUCCAUAGCCAGCACUCCCGGCGCCACCAGCAGCAGCAUCAGCGAGGUGCGCUCCGAGGACGAAGUGGAUCAGAUAUCGGACUUUGAAACGGAUCCACAUGCAACCAGGGAGUACGUACUCGCUGAGAGCGCCUCCGAGGUGUUGCCCAGCCACGGCGCAGAUGAGGAAGAUGAGUCGAGUGGCCAGCAGGUGCAGCGCUCGAUCAGCGUCGAUCAAGCAGCGGCGAGCCUCACAUUGCCCCUGAAAAUGCGCAACGAUCAGGAUUUUCCCAGAAACUAUCGCUCCACGCCGAGACGAAAGACUGAAAUCAUUGGCACAACAAAUCAGCAUCUCGUUGGCAAAUUUCACUCGGUCUACCAGCCCAAGGAUGAGGAGGAGGAAGUGGAAAUCGAGCUGCGGGACAAGAGCGACAAGUGCGUGCAUCCCAUUCUGGAGGAGCUGAUCAAGACGGAGGAGGCCUAUGUGAACAAUCUGUACACGGGCAUCGAGAACUAUGGCAACAUCUUUCAGCGCAAGGAUCUGCCGCUGGGCCUGCGCGGCAAGAAGUACGAUCUCUUUGGCAAUAUCGAACAGAUCGCCGAGUUCCAUCGGGAUGAGUUCCUGCCGAUGCUGCAGCGCAAUAAACGUGACCUGAAACGCUUGUUCGACGAGUUCCUGCAGCUACUGGAUCAAAACUGCUUCUACGGUUACGUGAUCUUCACCAUGAACAAGCAAAAGUCCCUGAAGCUGUGUGAUCUCUACAAAAACUAUUUCACCAACAUACGCCUGGAACGCGAUGAUAAGCUGGGCAUCAAUAGCUUCCUGGUGCAGCCCAUCCAGCGUAUGGCCCGCUAUCCUCUGCUCUUGACGCAGUUUAUCAAUACCUUCUUCAAGAACCGCGACAUUGUGAUGAAGCCGCUCAUUGAGUCCUGCUGUCGGCUGGAGAAGAGACUGCGCACCCUGCUGACCACCACAAAUGAAUCGGAGAUCAUUAACGACAUUGUGGACUGCCAUGAGUUCAAUGUGUUCUACCAGGGCAAGUUUCGCAAGGUGAACGAGUUCCAGGUGUUCGACUGCAAGCAGAAGCGCAGCUACCGGGCCAAGGUCUUCAUAUUCGACAAGUGCAUCAUCUACACGGAGAUCAAGGGCAAGCAUCUGCUCUUCCACGGUCGCUAUCCCUGCGAGCACAUUGGCAUCUCGGCCAAGACAAAGUCCUUCACGCUCUACUACGAGCGCCGCAAGCAGCAGGAGUGCGAAUUCACCGCGGAUCCGGCCCAGAUCUCGCUCUGGCUGGACCUCAUACGUGAUAUGAUCAACAACUUUGCCAACGAGGAGCGCCAGAAGCUGCAGGAGCGAUACUGCCGCGAGAACGAUCAUCUGCACCGGAAGGCGCCCAGUUUCUCGCUCUACCGCGACUCGAAUCGCUUCAGCACGGACAGCGGCAUCGGCAACAUAUGGAUAAUGCCCAAGCCGGACGAGGAGACGGCCAGCAAUCGCAGCACGUGGUAUGCCAACUCGUAGAGCAAAGCCCCAGAGACAGUGUGGGACAUGGCAUUUAUACAUAUAUGCGAUCGCAUCAACAUCGAUCGGUCUACGGGAGACCGGCGGCUCGCACCGAGCACCUUUCCAGUCCGGGUAACUGCCACGGUCAGCCCCCCCCAAGGGGCCGACUGGGGGGCCGAGCCAAGUUAUCCAUUGAAUGUUGUUUCAGAUUUGUGUUCAUGGAAAAAUGGAAACCAAACCGCAAAUGAAAAAGCAAACAAAAAAAAAAAACAAUUCAAGUUGCAAGCUAAAUCACCAAAUAUUUUACUCUAAGUUUUGUAGUUUAAUUAAAUUCUUUAUGCUAUUGUUAUUGUUGUUCUCUGGUGCCUAAACAAUUAAGAUUCCAUUAUUCUAUGGGAAUAUCGACUA